CGCAUCUUCUGGUCUCAAUCGAGUCGGUUCAGAAACUCCCAAUUUCAACAUGGCCGUCCCUCGAGCCUCUGUUAACUUACUCCGCUGCGGUAUCCGUCCCGUUACCAGAGCGGCCCCAGUUCUCCAGGUCCGACAGCAAUCCGGCGUCAGCAGCGAUGGCGACAUCGGCGGUCCCGGAAGUCAGCAAACCCCACCACCCAACCCUGGCUUCCGUGAGACCCUCAACCGAAACUGGCGCAGGGCUGCUCGUUGUCGUCGCUCUGUCGUACAUGUCCUCCUCGAAGGGAAGAAGAGCUCCAUCGGAUGCGGACUUGAAGGCUGCUUCGUCUACGGAGAUUGGCAUGUCGCCAUCGCAGAAGAAGGUCUAGCACUAAGGGCGUCUAAGCAACUGCAGGUACAUGCAUUUUACGGGCGCGAGUCGACUGCAGAAUGGUUUAUCUCCUCAGUGCCUAAGGACCUCCAAGAUGGUCAUGACAAGGGGAGCAGGUCAAUUGGAGCUCUCGUUAGUGACAAUGCCUUAUCCUAUGCUAUCUUUCGCUUGCCGAUCACGGUCCCUCAGACCCCCGAUAGGAGGCGCUAA